CUGUGUGUGCACUGUGUACGUUAGACGUGUUUAUCGGAUAUAAUCGGACCCGUUACGGUAUGAGGACCCAGAACUAACGGGGAUAAACAGACCGAUCAGCGGACUGAGCGUGCGGAACUCAGGCGCGCGCGGACAUGGGCGCGAGACUGAGCCGCCAGAGCAGCCUGGACGGAGGCGCUGGAGGGGGCUCGCGCAGGAGAGCGCGGCGGAAGCGCGCGGACAGCGGCGGCACCGAGCCCGAGCAGACCGGAAUCCCGUUCCCGCGCGCUGUGCUGCUGCUGCGGACCGACAGGCUGGGCGCGAGCGGACAGAGUCCGUACAUGAGACGGGUCGCGUGGAUCAAAGACAUCCAGAAGCUGCUGCGCGAGAGCAAGAUCGAGCAGGCCACGAGCGUACUGAGACUACUGAGGAAGGAUCUGGGAUUAGAAGGAACAUCCCUGAACGACAUUUUAUACAAAAACGCAGCGUUCCUCAACCUGGUGGAUCCCAUCUCACACGAGCUGCUGCUGAGCCUCGCCCGAGAUAUGCAGUGUCCUAAACAGGACUCGGACAUGCUGAAAUCGUCUGAUAAAAUCUGCAGGCAGCUCAUCUAUCAUCUGACUCCACAUUCCAAAUGGCUGAGACAGAGCGUGAGCAGCAGGAAAGCUCAGGCCUGGUUGAAGACGACUCUUCAGAAGAAGCUCUGCAGUGAUUCUGUGGAUCUCGCCGGGAUCCCACUAUCCACCCGAGAUGUUCGACACGUAGCCUACUACCUCCAGAACAGCGGGGGCGCCGUUAUAUCAGUAGAUCUGAGCUUCACAGAGCUGAGGGACGAAGGGAUGAGAAUCCUGCUGCCCAUCCUGAGUGUUCUGCCCAAACUCACCACGCUGGCACUGAACGGGAACCGACUGACCUUUUCCAUCAUGAAGGAUCUCACAGAGGCCAUGAAGAAUCCCAAAAGUUUCACCUGUCUGGCCUGGAUCGACCUGGGAAACAACGUGGACAUUUUCACCAUGCCACAGCCCCUCCUGGUGGCGCUGAGGCGACGGUGCAGCUUGAAGAGCAGUCUACCCACCAUAUACGAGUACACGGAGGGCCAGCCGUACUGCUACCGCAUGGAGAGCUCUAUAGAGGAGCCGAGUCUGUACGAGGAGGACGAGGAGGAGGAAGAGGAAGACGAUGAGCUAGACGAUAAGCUGGAUCUGGAGCAGUGGAGCAUCGCCGAGCAGAAAAGUUCAGGCAGCUUCACCCUGAAUUACUGCCAAAGGUGAAGCUAACCUCGGACCCGUGGCAUCACCCGGCGAUGGAGAAUUUGAGGUAACGAGGAAGCCGAUGCAAGGCGGAGGGAUGGAGGAACCCGACGCUACCUCUCUGCACUACUUGUUGUUGCUCCAUCAGUUUCCUGUUCCCCAUUGUGGCUUCUUGUUCGUGAUCCAACACCAUCGCAUUCACACGGGGAGCCGGAUGUGACCAAGGUUCGAGUAGCGUAAAAAAAUUAGCCGCACUUACCGUUUUGGUCGUGGACGCUGAUCGGCGUGGAGCGACGGACCGUUGGAGGGAACGUGACGCGUUUCAGAGACGUUUCUUUCUUCUGCAUGGGUAGUAAUCCAGAUAAAGUGUAGC